ACUUGGAAAUAGUAUAUUUGAUGAAACUGCUAAUAAAAAUAUGCAAUAGCUAACCAAACUUUAAAAAAGAGAAGGCUAGUUUGUUAAAACAUUAUGAAACGAGUGUGAAACUUAUUAUAAAGUUUAAUCUGAUUUAAUGCCUCUCUAAGUUACACUACAAUCGUGAAAUCUUCCCAGAUGUUUUUGGGCGAUAAUACAUUUAACAAGUAAGAGAUAAGUCAGAGAAAAGGUCAAGAAUGCAUUACGCUUUGUACUUACAAAAUAUGACAAGACUUGGUUCCACAUUCCGAUUAUUUAAAGGAAGUUUUAUGAACAAAUCAUCAUUAAAGCUUGGGCAAUCAAUAAGACGGCUCUCUUCGGAAGAGACGAAGAAAGCUUUGAAACCAAAUGGAACUAAAAAGAAUGCUCAACUUUCCAAAUCCGACUUAAGUCGUUUAUUUUCCUUAGCUAAACCCGAAAGAGCUAGAUUAAUUAGUGCUAUCGGUCUGCUAUUUAUUUCGAGUGGAGUAACCUUAGCAGUACCAUACGGAAUUGGCAGAGUAUUAGAUAUUAUCUAUACAACUCAAACAGAAGAAGAGAGACAGAAACGAUUAAAUGAAUUUUGUGGAUUAUUAUUAGGAAUAUUUAUUAUUGGUGCAGUUGGAAAUAUAGGUCGUUUCUACCUAAUGCAGAGCUCAGCACAAAGAAUCGCAAAGAGAUUUAGAGAAAGGAUAUAUUCAGCGAUUGUUAAUCAAAAAAUGGAAUUCUUUGAUAAACGAAAAACGGGAGAAUUAAUUAAUAGAUUAUCAGCUGAUACUCAACUUGUUUCUUAUUCCGUCACAAUGAAUAUUUCGGAUGGAUUGAGGUCACUUUGUUCUAUUGUUGGUGGAGUUGGUAUGAUGCUUUGGACUUCAGCUCAAUUGUCUUUAGUUGGUUUAAGUAUUGUUCCGGCCGUUGCUAUUGGUUCUAUUAUGUAUGGUAGAUUUUUAAAAAAGAUGACAAAAAAGGUUCAAGAUGCUUUAGCGGAAAGUACGCACGUUGCUGAGGAGAGGUUGAGCAAUAUGAUUACCGUUAAAUCUUUUGCUAAAGAAAGUGACGAAGUUGUUCGAUAUUCCGAUAAACUACAACAAGUCUUAAAAUUACAAUUGAAAGAAACUAGUAUGAGCGCCGCAUUUUGGGGAUUUACCGGUUUAUCCGGUAACGUAAUUGUUUUAUCAGUCUUCUAUUACGGAGGGAUAAUGAUGUCUACCUCAUCUUUAACCAUGGGAGAUUUAUCUUCUUUUCUGUUGUACGCUGCAUACGUAGGAGUUGCAUUGGGCGGUCUUUCAAGUUUCUAUUCUGAAUUAAUGAGAGGUACUGGGGCAAGUCAACGAUUAUUUCAGUUGCUAGAUUCUAAAGGAGAGAAAGAAACCGAAACUAAAAGUUCUCGCCCUGUUUUACUAGGAGAUUUGAAAUUUGAGAAUGUCACCUUUCACUAUUCUUCCAGACCGGAUGCCAAUGUCCUAAAUAAUAUGAACUUGGUGCUAAGAGCAGGAAUAUCAACAGCUUUAGUAGGACCAAGUGGAUGCGGUAAAUCGUCAAUUGUUGCUCUUCUUCUUAAACUUUACACUCCAGAAUCUGGCUUAAUCAAUUUAAAUGGUCAUAAUCUUUCUGACAUGGAUACGGAUUAUUUAAGAGAAAAUAUCAGUUACGUUCCACAAGAACCAACUCUCUUUUCAAUGUCAGUUGAAGAAAAUAUUAAAUAUGGCAAACCUAAUGCAACCGAAGAAGAAGUGAAAGAAGCCUUGGAAAAUGCCUGUGCCUUGAAUUUCGUUAAUGCCUUUCCCGACGGUUUACAAACUUUAGUAGGUGAGCGAGGAGCUCAAUUAUCAGGAGGUCAAAAGCAAAGAAUAGCCUUAGCCCGAGCUUUAAUUAAAAAACCCGAUAUUUUAAUACUGGAUGAAGCCACUUCCGCUUUGGAUACUCAUUCAGAGCAGAGAGUACACGAUAAUCUUCGAAAAAUUAUGAAAAAUAAGACAGUAAUAACAAUAGCUCAUAGAUUAUCAACUAUCAAACAGGCUGAUAAUAUAGUCGUGUUAGAAAAAGGAAAGGUAGCUGAAGAGGGUAGCUUUCAUGAACUUAUAAGAAGUAAUGGUCUAUUCAAAGACUUGACUCAGAGGCAAAUGAAUAGAGAAACCCAUACCAAUUACGAAGAUUAACAAUUUCAUAGUUCAUUAGUUAUGUGUUUUGAAUGUAAUAAAGAAUGCUUUUUUGUUUAGUUAAGUAAUAAGAAUUCUAUUCAAAAUAAAGAAAAGAUUUUAAUAUUCUAAUAAGUUUAUAUCUUACACAGGAGUUAACGAUAGAGUUUGCAAAAAUCUCUCUCCCUCUCUAUCUCUCUCUCUCUUAGGAGAGUUAUUAUAAAAUGAAGUGAA